UCAGCCGCUGGGAUACUCAAGAUUACAGUCAACGCCUCAGCCGCUGGGAACACAAGUAACGUACACGUUUGCUUCCACAGGAACUCGUCCCUUGCAGUUGGAAUGUGCGCUGAUUAUGAAUGGGAGGAAGUCACUGAUGGUUUAUGGACUGCGACAAUGUCACCAUUCGACCACAAACUCCUUGAUGUAAGAGUAGCCAACUCAUCAUCUAAUGUCACUGACGGUUUAUGGAAUGCGACAAUGUCACCAUUCGGCCACAAACUCCUUGAUGUAAGAGUAGCCAACUCAUCUAAUGUCACUGAUGGUUUAUGGAAUGCGACAAUGUCACCAUUCGGCCACAAACUCCUUGAUGUAAGAGUAGCCAACUCAUCAUCCAAUGUCACUCUACAAGUGUCUACCUUAGAAGGAUCGUGUAUGUAUCGCAUUUACUACUUAAUCGUUGGUACCGUUUUGAUGACGUGGGCUUCUACACUGAGUACAUCAUAUGCUUUUUACUUCGCUUGUUGUUUCUCCGUUGGUGGUGUACUUUUUAUCCUGCUUCUCCUCUUUCAGGGAAUUAAGCGUCUACCAACUCGACCCAGUUUCUCGGCAUUGUUCCUAUAUGCAUCUUUGCUUGCUCUAACUUAUGUUAGUCUUCCAUACAUACCCGGUUUCUUUCAAGGAGUCGACGAAUUUGAGUUUCUGCACCUAUUUGGUGUAUUACAAAUGGUUGGAGUACCGUUUGCACUCCUGGCUCUCAAUACACAACUUCUUCUUGCUCCAGAUGACUCCAUCGACAUGAGCACUUCACUCUUUAUCUCUUGGUCCCUCAGGAUAUUGGCUGCCCUUUUGAUUCUUCAGGGCUCGGGAGAUGCUUUGCUUGGUGGAGGAGCAGUGGUAUUUGUAAUUGCUAUGUCACCAGUGUCAAGGAAGAUCACCGCACUGAUUUUCCCACCACGCGCACGCGAGACCAUCCCUCACGAUCGUAGCCGCAAAGAGGAUAGCGUAAGCAAUGAGCAU